UCCUAUCCUGGAGAACAAAUAAGGCCGUGACGCAGCGGCGCCGUUGCCGCCGAGCAGGAAAGGCCCUCGCCGGGUGCAGCGAGCGGAGCAGCCUCGGGCAGGAGUCGGAGGCGCUUCUGCCUUUCCCCUGAACCUUCAAACAGAGGAAACGGCCCUCCGUCCUUCGCAGCAAGAUGGUGACCCGCCUCCCUCGCUCGGCGGACCUGGCCCGCUUCUGCCAAAAGCUCAACCGGGUCAAGACCCUAGAGGACGACAUGAUGGAGACCUCCUUCAACCGCUGCCUCACCACCGUCGACUUGGCCCUCCUCGGCAUCGGGGCCAUGGUAGGGUCCGGCCUCUAUGUCCUCACGGGCACAGUGGCCAAGGAGACGGCCGGGCCGGCCAUCGUUGUGUCCUUCAUCAUCGCUGGCAUUGCCUCGCUGCUGGCUGCCCUCUGCUAUGCUGAGUUCGGCGCUCACGUGCCCAAGACGGGCUCUGCCUACAUGUUCACCUAUGUCUCCGUUGGCGAGAUCUGGGCCUUCCUGAUUGGGUGGAACGUCAUCCUGGAGUACAUGAUAGGGGGAGCAGCCGUAGCCAGGGCCUGGAGCGGCUACCUGGAUGCCAUAUUUGACCACCGGAUCAAGAACUUCACAGAGACCCACGUGGGCAGCUGGCACAUCCCCUUCUUGGCCCAUUACCCAGACUUCUUGGCCUUUGGCAUCCUCCUCGUGGCCACGGCCUUCAUCUCCUUCGGCGCCCGUGUCUCCUCCUGGCUCAACCACGUCUUCUCUGCCAUCAGCAUGGGGGUCAUCCUUUUCAUCCUCAUCAUGGGCUUCGUCCUGGCCCGGCCUCAAAACUGGGGGGCCGCCGAAGGGGGGUUUGCCCCGUACGGUGUCUCGGGGAUCAUGGCUGGCUCAGCCACCUGCUUUUACGCCUUCGUGGGCUUCGAUGUCAUCGCCACGUGCAGUGAGGAGGCCCGCAACCCGCAGAGGGCCAUCCCAAGAGCCAUCGCCAUCUCGCUGAGCCUCGCCACGGGAGCCUACAUCCUGGUCUCCAUGGUGCUGACGCUCAUGGUGCCCUGGCACUCCUUGAAUCCCGACUCGGCGCUGGCUGACGCCUUUUACCAGAGGGGCUAUUCCUGGGCUGGCUUCAUCGUGGCUGUCGGGUCCAUCUGCGCCAUGAACACCGUCCUCCUCAGCAACCUCUUCUCUCUCCCUCGCAUCGUUUACGCCAUGGCAGAGGACGGGCUCUUCUUCAAGGUCUUCUCACGUGUCCACCCCCGGACGCAGGUCCCCGUGGUGGCCAUUGUGGUCUUUGGCAUCCUCAUGUCUCUCUUGGCCCUCAGCCUGGACCUUGAGGCUUUGGUCCAGUUCCUGUCCAUCGGCACCCUCUUGGCGUACACCUUUGUGGCUGCCAGCGUGAUCAUUCUGCGCUUCCAGCGGGUCAAGACGGAGGGAGCUUCCAACGCAUCUGCCAGGAGUGAGGCUUCUGCCCCAGCAUCCACCGAGAGCAUCAGCGCCACGGAACCCAAGGAAUACGAAUCCUUCUCAGAUAAGCUCCACCUGGUGGGCAAGGAGAAGUCGAAAAGCAGGCGGGAAGGAGGGCAGAUGAAGGCCUUUUUUGAACCCUACCUGGGCUUCCUGGCUGAUUUCGACCCUGGCGAAGUGGUCACGGUGGCCGUGAUCAUCCUCAUGGUGUCAGCAAUCUGCUUAUCCUCCAUCCUGGUGUUUGGGCAGAACCAGCUCCACCUCCCCACUUGGUGCUAUGCCUUGCUGGUCCUCCUCUUCAGCCUGGCCUUUGUGUUCAGUGUGGUCCUCAUCAGCGUUCAUCAGCAGCAGCAAAGCACCCAGACAUUCCAGCUCCCUCUGGUGCCACUGACUCCAGCACUGAGCAUUUUCAUCAAUGUCUACCUCAUGCUGAAACUCAACUACAUGACCUGGAUCCGGUUCUCUGUGUGGCUGCUCGCAGGUUUGCUGGUUUAUUUUGGUUACGGCAUCUGGCACAGCAAAGAGAACCUCCGGGAGCCCACGGCACACUCCGUCUGUGCCCGCUACGUGGUUUUCCCAAGCAGCAGCCUGGAAGAGACAGUCCAGGCUGUGCAGCCCAGCACUCAGCCCUCUCAGGGACUGGAGGAAAUGGCAGGCGAGGAAGAAGCCAAGAGGUGAUGCGGAAAGGCCUAACUUGGAGGAGACCCUUCCCUUUGACCACCACCCCCCAGCCCACCCACCACUCUCCAGUGUUUUGGCAGAAAGAAGAAGAGCCCUCGUCUGAUUCAGCCAGGAAGACUCUGAGCAGAGACCUACUGCUUCUGCUUUCCUGCUUGGUCCGUAUUUCUGCUCUGGAAAGCUGGACCCAUCUUGCCGUUGAAAACUGCCCCGUCUAUCCUGCCCUCCAGCUUGGAACAAAGAGCUGAUCUGCAGACAGACUGUCUCAACCCGCAGCAGGGGAGGGUGGGGCUGUCUUUGUACUUUUCCAUUAUCUACGUGUGUCCCCCCCCCCUUUUCUUUCCUCCAGGCUCCUGCCCUGGCUGCCUGCAACCUUCAUUCCAGGUGUCCCGUCCCAUUUAGAUUAUUUUAGGGUGGCUCCUGUUUGACGGGUUCAUACAAAAGUGAAAGAUGGGAGGGGCACCGCUGUGCCAGCUUCAGGGGUCGGUUCUCAUUCCCAGACCGCUAGGCGAGACUGUGUUUGCUCUGCUUUGACGGAAGGCUGUCCCUUGCCUGCCACAAAAUACACUAGAGUAAACGGCAACUCUGCGUGGAACGAGCAGUAGGCAUUUUCGCACUGUGAGUGUGUGGGUUGCCUGGUGGGUUGUUUAUGCCAGAAAGCAUGGAACACAACUGCCAUCAUCCCCAGCUGGCACAGCCUGAUGGUGGUGAUGAUGAUUGAUUGAUUGAUUGAUUGAUUGAUUGACAACCUGCCCUUCACCCUAAGGUCCCAGGGUGGUUUACAGCAUUAAAACACAACAUUAAAAGCAAUUUCAAACAACUUGCAACCAUAACUAUAAGUUGGGUCCUAAAAAUAUACACCUCAUGUCAAAAGCCAGAGUAAAGAGGUGCAUCUUCAGGAUCCUCUAAAAGCUGCACAAUGAAGGUGCCAGAUGCACUUCUGUGGCGAGGGACUUCUCCAGUUUAGGGGCCACCACAGAGAAGGCCCUCUCCCAGACCGCCCCUACCCCAAGCCCCUGAGGGCAGAGGGACUGCUGAUCUCAGAACCCGAUGGUCUGUAGGGGAGACUGUGGUCUGUCAUUAUUUGGGGUCUGAGUCAUUUCGGGCUUUAAACACCAACAUCAGCGCCUUUAAUUGGGUCUAGAAGCGAGCUGGCAACCAGUGCAGCUGUUUUAGAACGAGGGAGAUAUAGAUGGAUUACGCCACCCAGUAAUCUGACUGCUGUGUUUUAGACUAAGUGAAGUUUCCAAAUCAUCUCCAAGGGUAGCCCCACAGAGACUGCAUUGCAGUAAUCCAGUCUGGAAGUUAACAGAGCUUGGGGGUAGGUGUUAAAGUCCAGGUUGGUGAAGAAGGGAAGGGAUUUAUCACCUUCUCCACCAAAUCAACUUACCAUUUCUCAGCCCCAGAUGGCUAUAUACAAAAAGGUGAAAUAAUAGAAUGGUAGAGUUGGAAGGAACCCUGUGGGUCAUCGAAUCCAACCCCCUGCAAAGCAGGAAUCUCAACUAAAUGAUACAUGACAAAUGGUCAUCCAACCUCUGCUUAAAAACCUCCAAGGAAGGAGAAUCAACAACUGUUAAACAGCUCUUACCAUCAGAAAGUUCUUCUUGAAGUUUAGUUGAAACCUCCUUUCUUGUGACUUGAAUCCACUGGUUCAUAAAGUAGAUACCCUGUUUCCAUGUCAGAGACUCUUCCGGGGCAGGUUUCUGAGGUAGCAGUGGCUAAACCAUCCAAUUGUACCUAUUUUAGAGAGCCCCACCAGCUCAUAGUGAAGCUCAUGGCAAGGCCACAGCCACGGACUUGUGCACAAAUCCAGCAGGGAGCCUCCUCUAUGGCCACUUAGAGGUUUGUUUUUAAUUCAUUCCAUAGCACAGAACGUAAGGGUUGCUGCAGAUAACUCACAACAGCAGAUAACUGGGAGAACAUUUCACUGAACUCUGAGGGGUUUUGCUUUUGAGUAGAUGUGGAAGGGGCUGCACAGCUAAGUCUUUCUGAAAAAUGGCAUUGUUUCGUUCAGUUUUGAGCGAGGAAAACACUUGCUCAGCGUCUCUCCCCCCCCCCCCACAAACGUGGUGCCUUCCAGCUUGGUUUGGACAACCACCACCAUCGGCCCCAGACAACACAGCCACACUGGUUGGGGCAUACCUAGGGAUUGGCCAGGUUGGCCCCUGCCAACUGCACAGGCAGAGAGAGGGGACACAAAAAUGGCAUCUCUCUCAGCGCCUUGACAGAGGAAUCUGGAUGCCGUCACAGCAGCCUUGCAGAGCUUCCUUCCCAGUCAGAUGGCAGCGCUGGCGGUUAGUUUGUGCAGUGGGGCUCCCCAUGAGAACACCUCUGCCUGGCCCUCUGUCCUAGCAGAGACACCGUGUCCCACCCUCCAUUCCCAUGCAUGCUCCCAGAAUGGACUUUCAGCUGAUGUGGUGGCUAAGAAAUGUCAGGCGAGGCUCUUCAUUUAGCACAGCCGAGUUGCUUUUCCUUGGUUUCUUUCCCGCCUCGACCAAUUUCUGGGGCAAGUGCCGCUGCGGAUUUAACCCAGAAAGCAAAGGUCGUCGACUUAAUGUCAAAGAACCAGCCGGCUGUAAGUUGCACUGGCAAAGUGGGAGUUAACUUGUUCCUAGCAAAAACACAAUUUUCAGAGUCGGACAAGUGUCAGGCCUGAUAAGCAUAGCAGCUCAUCCCCAGUAGGUCUGGCCCCAUGUAUCAAAGAUUGAAAGUCCCCUCCACUCCACGGCUUUUCCCAAGCAACCAGAGACUAUGCCCGGGUGCAGCCUGCCACUGUUCUGCCUGUUUCAGCUCUCUUCUGGUUCUGGGAGACAAGGUGGGGAGGGAGCUUGUCACAGCAGGAGGGACUCUUCACCAGCCUUACUCCUCUCUGCCUCUUGGCCUCCCUUCUCCCCGUCACCCACUUCAGCUUCUGCCUCUGAUUCUGGGCUUCUCUCUGCCAACUCUUCCUCUCACCAAGCCCUGUUGCCUCUUCCCAGUCUCCUCCCCCUGACCAUUCAUUGUUGUCCCACCACCACUCCUCAGGACCUGAGCCUUCUUCCCUUGGGGGUCCCCCAGCUGAUGCCUCCCAGCGGUCCAGGACACUUGUUUCCAAGUAAAGUGUGCACUGGGGGCGCAACCUCCGAGUUACUGCCUUUCUGCUGGCACCUUGCCAGAAGUAACAGGAAGGCAAGCGAAUUAUUGUCCAAAGUCCCUACCUCUGGCUUGCCAGAUUUAAGCUGCAGUCCUGUGUACCCACUUUCCUGGGAGUAAGCCCCAUUGAACUCAGUGGGAUUGACUUUUGAGUAGACAUUUAUAGGAUUGUGCUGUUAAAAACACCCAGUUUAAGAGUCAUUUGUGAUUACUGAAUUAUGUCAUGUAUUUAUUUCUAAAGAUGCGUGGGGAGCACCGAUUACCAAGGGUAGCCUAGGUAUGCCUCUGCAUGUUGGCUGAUGGGAGUUAUAGUCCAUAAUGGGUAUGGAGGUUGGGGCUGACGGGAAUUAUAGCCCCAAACAUCUGGAGGGCACCAGACUUGCAAAGUUUUCACAGCCUUUUUAAAAGGACCGUUUAUACUGCCGCCCACCGGGUCACACACUAACUCAGGGCCAAAUCUCCUGCCACAGCACAGGCCGCAGGCUGCUUAGGAAUCUCAAAACGGCCUCCCUGCUCUCAUGAAGCUGCCCUCCUUCUCCAAAAAACCGUCGGAGUAUUUGCUCAACUGCUUAGCAUGAAUCUGAGCACGGCAACUGCCCUUCACCGCCCCCUGCCAGCCCGACUUUGUCAGGCUGUGUUCACCUGUGUGCAUUUGGCUUUCCCAGAAGCAGAUCCCAAGGGCCAAUCUUUCCCGUAUAAAAUAGUUUGCCUGGGGACCUCCGCUGCCGCUGUGCCAGACACGCCAUCAGGGGUGGCUUCACUUACUUGUUGCUCACGCUGACUCUUGGAUGCAUCAGCUUCUGUUGUCUCAGAGGUCAGGGCAAAAACACUGAAAGGCCAAGAGAGGUCCUGAGAAGGAAGGCAGGGUUUUCUUCUAGCCGAUUGCUGGCAAUGGAAGCCCGGAGAGCAAAAGUCUCUUCUUGCUCUCACCCACAGAUGGAUGGAGGUUGUGCAGCUGCUUAUGAGACGCUGGAAGCUGGGUUUUGUUACACUGGUUUGCUGGUGAAUCCCAGGCGGGCAGCGCCUGCUGUUUUGCUCCGUGCUCUGACAUUUGCUUGCUUGCCCCCAUCACUAGAU